AUGGCUAUGCUCUGCCUCUACAAGCACCUGCUUCCUGGGUUUAUCCACGCUGUCUCUUUUCUCGCUUCCGUUCUGCGGCACAGCUCAACCCUUACCCAACGUGAGAGCUUGAGUAUCCGGCCCCGUUACUGCCCGCAGUGCUCCGAGUUCGUGGGCGGCUGCCCAGACAGGAGAAGGAGCCUCGAAGGAGACCAGGCAAACCUUAAAGAGGUAUAUAAGGCUGGGAAUCUCGCUGUUUUCGCCGGCGAGCGCCAACGUCCCGACCAGCCGGUUCAGUUGGACUUCCAUUUUGCCCACGGCAGCCAAGGGGUCAGCCACUGGCACGGCCUCCUCCAGGCACGCACGGUUUUCCUCGACACGCCUCGUCUUGCCCUGGACUGCAACAGCCGCGAGAGCCUGACUGCAACGCUGGAAUAUGUGGAAGAAAACACAGAGGCGGACCAGGUGCUUGUUAACUUCCACAAGUCUCGGCGGGACAGGGGAGACCUGCUACGAGCCUUUGGCUUCUUGGGUUUCAAGCUCAUGCGGCCGGAUCACCCUUCCCUUCCUCCCUGGGAGGACGUCAUCUUCAUGGCUUACCCCAUGGAACGAGACCUUUGCCAAGCGGAGGAGAAUGAGAAGUGGAGGACCCUGAAACCAGACAUGUUGGGGAGGCAGGAUGGGGGCUGUUCUUGGCAAACAGGCUCCCUGAAUGAGCAGGUCACCGAUUCCCCCAGGGAGUGGCAUUAAACUGGCACCACAGCUCACA